AAAGACAGAGGUAUAUUUACACCACUUAUAUAACGGGGGGUAUAUUUGCUUUAAAUCGCAAAAUUAAGAGGAAUAUUUGCACCUUUUCCCAAAAAGAAAUAUAUGCAAGGAAAAAAAGAAGACUCACCACUUUCUGUUCCAUUUCCUUUAUGAUUUUAUUCGUCAGCAUCCUUUACCGACAGAGAUGCUUUCACUCAUUAUUUUUGGCGACUCUUUUUUUUUUUCUUUAAGGUAUAUCUUCAGCACAGAAGGCCAUUUAUUGCCUGCAACUCCUCAAAUAUCCUUAGUACGUGAGCAUUGUUCAUACUUCGGAGCAUAUUGUAGGAACAGCAAUUUGAGACUGAAAACUCAUUCACCUGAGAGUGCGGAAACUAAUUCCAGUGGCUCUCAAACAGGACCUGUAGACUGCAGUUUCUUAUCACGCUCCAGUUAUCAAAGUACUUCACCUUUCUCUGGUUUGAAGGGACUCUGUCCAGGGCUAACCUAUGGACAAAGGUUUGGCAUAUCAUUCAUGUCUCCGGUGGAUCCAAGUAGUGAGGAUGAACAUUCAAGCCAAAGGGAGACAACUGAAGUUCAGAGUCAUUCAGUUGUGCUGAUUUCAAACCCCAAUCCCGAGGUUUCCCUAUCAGGUUCUCAUAAUGAUCAUGAAAAUGACCCAGCUCAUGCGCCCCAAGAAGAAAGUCCCUCUUCUAAACAAAAUUGA